CCGAAAGAAAGCUGUAGUGCAUGUUGCACAGAGAGAAUCAGGUGUUGCUGAGAUAAAGUCUCAAUGUGUGUAUCAAAUCAAAAGCUGGCUUUACUUUUAGAUGAUGGAUACAGAUCUAUGUUAUGGCUACUGGGCAGACAGGAGUCCCUGCUCCCCUAGAGCCACGUCGAUCUGCAGAACCUGCUUGUGGCUGAGGAUGCAGAUGGCCAGGAAAGGUCUGGAAGUAAAAAUUGGAGCCAGGCCAUGUCCAAGAUUUUCCCGGAGAAAAGCAUCCCAGCAGCAAGUGUCCUGGAGCUGCCAGGUGCCAGUCCAUGACUCCAAGGAUGCUGCAGCGCUGCCAAAGGUGAAGAGGCUCAGAGAGGUGCCAGACAAGAUCCUGGAGCAGCAAAGGCAGGUGUUGGAUGUUCCAGGGAAUUGCCUGGGGUCAGCAGUGGAGGAGCAGGAUGACGAAGAUCUCCACCCUUACCCCUGCUCCUCCUCGUCCUCGACCACCUCGUCUACCUUCUCCUCAUCAUCCCCCUCGUCAUCCUGCUCCUCGUCGUCCUCCUCGUCGUCCUCCUCCUCAUCCCCGUCCACCUCCAGCUCGUCCUCGUCCUCCUCGUUCUCGUCCAACCCCUCCUCGUCCUCGUACCUCUCCUCCUCCUUGGCCACUUCGUCAUCCUCGUCCUCGUUCUCCGCAUCCUUGUUCUCCUAG